AUGGAGGAGGAGCAGGAGGAGGAGUUGACUGCGAAAGGAAGCGUAGCCGAAUCCAAGGCAGCUGGAGAUGAACCCAAGUCUUCCUCCAUCUUGACAGGCGUUCUCGAAGCCCUUGAGGACGACGAGCUUGAGCCUGUGUUUGUCAUCGCAGCACCCGAAGAAGCUGAGCAAAGGCUGACCAUGGACUGGGCGAAGUCCCUUCAUCAGAACGUCGUGGGAGUUGCGGCAUCUGGGUGCCUCGUGCGCCAUGGGCGCCUUGAGCACAUUGCCAUUUGUGCAGAGAAAGAGGAGCCCGUGGUGGUAGACAUCAAAGGGCUUUCGCAGCACUGCUCGGAAGAGCGUCUCUUCGGGGAGCUGUUGCAGCCGCUGAAGGAGGUGUUGGAGAGCCCGCAGGUUGUGAAGGUUUGCCACGACUGCCGCCCGGUGGCUGACCUCCUUGCUGAUACAUAUGACGUGCGGCUGGGCCUCUGCUUUGACACCGUGGAGGCAUGGGAACGCCUUGAGUCAAAGCAGCAGCGACCUGUGGAUCUUGAAGAGCUCGCACGCAAGUACGACCAUGAGCUGUCGAACGCACUCCAAGAGGACGCAAAGCGGCAAAAGCCAGCGACUGCGAGAGUCUAUGACUUCAUGGCAAGCUCCUCCUCCAGUUCGUGCACCGAGCCCGUGAUCUCCUGGAAGCCGGAACUCCUGGCGAUGAUCGCAGAGACACUUGUCAGAAUGUCUGGUGAGAUGGGUGGAGCACUUCAGCAGCAAGCCGACUUCCCAGAUGCUUGCCGACAGCGCCUGGAGGAGUUUCGGUCUUGGCCCGGACAGCACUUGGAUGCCUACCCGCUGGGUGCAGAACUUGAGUUCAUGUUCGUGAAUGACCGGCUGUGCAUCGUCUCCGGGGAGCCCGAUGAGGAGAACAAGAUGUUGACGGAGCCAGGCGACGAACACGUCAGAGAAGAGUUCGAAAAGCUCAUUACCCUGCUUCCGGAAGCUCCGUUGAAGAAGGUGCGAGACUUCAUCGGUCAGAAAGUUGGCGACGGCAACGUGGUGGAGAUCGUGCUCGGAGUGGGCCGCGACAUUGAGAUCCGGUGGCGGUCCUUGCUGGAAGGGGGCCUUAAGAAGGCCACCGUGCAGAGCACUGAGCUCUUCAGCCGCGAUAUCAGCGAGGUGAUCGACAGGAUCGGGGAGGACCGCUUCAAUCGGCAGGAUCGGGCAGGAAUCGAUCGCACACUCCACAGAUUGUCUGUCACUCGCAAUGAAGUGGGGCGUCCUGUCGCCGUCACGAUGAGAGUUGGCCGCGACUCGCGGAUGCUGGCCUCCAUGAUCGAAGACAUCAUUGCAGACGGAAGCUCCUUCUUGCUCCUGGGCCCACCCGGGGUCGGCAAGACCACCCUGUUGCGAGCCUGCGCAGGAGACCUCUCAACAGACAAGGUGGUGGUGAUCGUGGAUCCUAGCGGUGAGAUCGCAGGGUCUGGUGACACCUGCCAUCCAGCUGUAGGUGAAGCCUGGAAGGAUGCUGCGUACUCCGAGAAGGAGGUCGAUCGAAGUGAGGCGCGACGCCUGGCCAUGGGCCGCGCCCUCGAAAACAUGGGCCCUCAAGUCAUCGUGGUCGACGAGAUCGGCACAUUGGGGGAGGCCAGGGCAGCUCGCACAAUCGGCGAGCGAGGUGUGCAGCUUGUUGCAACGGCGCAUGGGAAGACCCUGCCUGACCUCAUCGCCAACUCUGAGCUCCGGGAUCUCAUUGGCGGCCUCAAAGCGGCCAUCCUCGGUGAUGACAACGAGCGCUACAAGAUGCAAGGGCGCAAGAACAUCACCGAGCGCGGUGCCGCGCCCGCCUUCAAGAAGCUCGUGGAGAUUCGGAGCCCCACUUGCCUGGUUAUCCACCAUGACCUGGGCUACGCAGUGGACCAGGUGCUCGAGAAGGGCACCCUGAAUGUGGAGGAGCGAACUUUGGAUGCAUCAUCCGGCAGGAUGAUGGUCAAAGUUCGUGAUUUUUCAAAGCGCUGA